GGUAAGCUAGCUUGCGUCUACAUUGAGCUCAUAUACUAACCAAUAAGUCAGGUUCUGAAGCGAAAGACGCCCGAAAUCUGCUCGAGCAACCAAGCCCUCAUCAUUUGGGAAUGGGCCAUACUGAUCCCAAAUCUCAUCUGCCCAGACAUAUCAUCUCGGAAGAAAACGAUGCUGAUUCAUCUGACACUGUGAUACGAACCCCCCAAAGUAGGCGAUCAUCUUUGGCAUCCACCACGGCCCAGGAAUUCGGGAGAAACGGCCGCACUUUGGGCGGAGACCGAGGACCUGCACAGAUGCCCCUCCCGUUUGGAAUCUUGAACUCGCCUCACGGCGCCAGUGAGAAAAGUCGCCAAGGUCACUUCGGCCCCCCAGAACCAAUCAUCGGUCAGAGUCUGAAGGGCAAACCCACGGAAAAGGAGUUGCCCUCUUUACCUCCAGGGCCUCAAAAGACGGUGUCUUUUUUAGGCCAGCGGUGCCCAGAGACAGAGCCGGGAGGCCGGCAAGCUCUCCGGGCCGUUUCCAACCCGAUGUCUCUGCGGAAAGCAGACGAUCAGGAUCCGCUGGGAUACCACAGCAAGGGAUCCUCAAGAAACCUGUGUCCAACUUCAGACAAAAUCCUCCGUCGUUCGAGAACAGUGCCAGCAAGCGCAAGCCUGACGCCUACCAACCUCUCGAGAGGUCAUAUCCUGCGGGAAACAUACCAACGUCCAGCGCAGGACUACCAGCAGCGGACAACACUAAAUCACUGGGAAGCAAGACAACUUAUCCCACUGAUCCGAGAUGCGGAAGCCCUGGACAGCGAAGAAAAAUUGGCAGUAGCGCCACCAGUAGUAGCUUGCCGUUCAUUGAUCGGGGAAACUCACGAGUUCAACGACCAGCAGGCAGCCAAGACUCAUGGCCUACCAACCACAGCGAGCAUAUCCCCAUUCAAGUCAUCGUUGACAUCCCAGAUCGACCUGGAAAGCCCGCUUCAAGAGAAUCCGCUGACCCGAGAGCAUAUCCACGCGCUACAGGACAGCCUUUGCAGGGUGACCCAAAAGCCGUCAGUACUGGCAGUGGAAGGUCUCACCUUCGAGGGCCGAGUAAUAACUCCAAGAAGGACGGAGAUCCACAAGGACGUGUUACAUCAGCGAGAAGUAGAAAAGACGGAGGCUCUCAAGACAAAAGCUGCCACCACACCCACCACCACCAUUAUUGGCUGCGACCAAGGUCUUUCACAGUCGAACCUAUGCCAAGGGCAACUCGAGAGCAAAGUCAGCGAAAGCUGGAGCAUGUUGCAGAAUCGACACGUGAGUCGACGAUGCGGCGAACAGAUGUCAACGUCAACAGAGGACAUCUCGACCGGAAAAGUGCGGCAUCUGAGAACCGUCAAAAUAAGGACCCAAGCUUUGGCACCAAAGGCAAGCCAAACGCUAACCCUCCAGCGUCAAAACGAUGCGAUCCACAAGGAGGUCGGGAAAUACUCUGCGAGAAAUUUGGCAGACAACAACAAGCAGGAGAGCCAAGCCGAGGACCCUGUCACAUCACACAUGUCCACGUCUACAUCACCUCUAACCGUGUUGGAGCAAGCCACGCAGCAGGGCCAAAGCAAGAUCGCAUCGACGGGGGCGGCGCGGGCCGCAGUGGCCAAUUCGGGCAAAAGGACGGCGGAAACUCGGAAACAGAGCCUCCCAGCCAGCGGAACACCCAGAACGCUGCCUGUCAGUCUCAGGAAGCCUCCUCCCGAUUCUGUUCCGAGUAGGAGAUUGCGGAAUAAGUUCAAGAUCACGAGGUUCUCGAACAAGAGCCCGUCGAAGUCAAACAACACCGUGGCCGACGUUGUAGAGGCGGACGACAGCCGCAAGAGUUUGAAGGCGUUUUGCGUCAUGAAUGGGAGAAAAGGCAACCCGCAGAAUACACCAACGGAGAGCAAGGAAUUGUCAGCAGCCAGUCAAGCCAGGUUGAAAGCUGGCUGCAGCACGUCAACGGCCCUGGUGAACAGCGACUCCGAAGGCGGCGACACCGGAGGUCGUUUGAGAAGAGACGUGUUGAAUAAGCGUGUGCUAAAGUGCGCCACCGACGGCAAGCAGAUUGCGGGGAGCUUGGCUCGAUGGUAUUGGAGAGCCGUAUCACCUUGCUUUGAUCCGACAUCGCCUUUCAGAAAGCGACUUGAUGUCAACGAGUCAACUUGGACGGACGUUGGGAUGUUUCUCGUUGCGCUGAGCAGCGGAUUCGUCGUAUUGGCGGCAGCGGUCCGGAUCGCGCAGGGGAUUGCGUGGGUGAUCCAGAUGGUGCAAGGCCUACUGGGGGGUUUGAUUGCGAUUCUCGGUUCCUGACAGCCGGUGGUGACGAAAAAGGGAGGUUGUGGAGGAAAGCUUGGCGUUGGAGCCCGACCAACCGCCGAUCGGCGCUGUAGGGACCAGGUCGGCUGGGUGAGGCGCUACGACGGCCAUACUCCGUACAUCGGCUGGGUUGGGGGAAAGCAAUGUUUGAUAAGACGGAGGCCGAAAGCGCAGUGUCAAAUGCACA